CUGCCCACUCCCUGAGACGGCCAGGUCACAGAAGCAGUAGGUCAGAAGCCAGAGGGGACGUGGGGAGUGCCACCCUGGAGCCUACCGGCACACCUGCUGAGAUGGAGGCCUCAGAUGGGCAAGGGGGUGAAGGGGACAAGCCACUAGAGAAGGUGACGAAUGUGCCAUGCCUGGAGACAAGCUCCAGCACCAGCCCUGCCAGGGACUCGCUCAUGCGCCAUGCCAAGGGCCUGGAUCAGGACACCUUCAAAAUUUGUAAAGAAUAUCUAAGACCACUAAAGAAGUUCCUGCGAAAGUUGCACCUGCCCAGGGACCUUCCCCAGAAGAAGAAGCUGAAGUACAUGAAGCAGAGCCUUGUGGUCCUAGGGGACCACAUCAACACCUUUCUGCAGCAUUACUGCCGAGCCUGGGAAAUCAAACACUGGAGAAAGAUGCUCUGGCGGUUCGUCUCCCUCUUCUCAGAGCUGGAAGCAAAGCAGCUUUGCCGACUUUACAAGUACACCAAGAGCAACCAGCCGGCCAAGUUCCUGGUGGCAUUCUGCGCCUCGGAUGCACCGGAGAGAUCCUUGCUGGCCGACCAGGAAGACAGUCUGCCGAAGCUCUGCGAUGCCUGGGGACUGCACGGCAACAUCAGCGGUGUGAAGGAGCGGCUGUCCAAGAUGCAGGCCCCGGGUCAAGGGAGCCCCCUGCCCGGGGAGCCAAGAUCCCAGGAUCAUGUCAAGAGAGAUUCUUUAAGGGAGCUUUCUCCAAAACCAAAACUCAAGAGAAGGAGAAUAAAGGAAGCCCCAGAAACUCCAGAGACUGACCCAUAAGAAGACCAGCUGGGACAAAGGGCCAGCUUGCCCUGGCUCUCAGAGCACGGGGAAUGGAGACCAAAAAGGGAAAAGAAUUGUCCUUAUCAAAAGGAUUCUCAGGUCUUAAUUAGGAAUAAAUGAAGUGGGAAAUAAACAUUCUUAUGACAAUUCUACCUCA